AUGAUAUUAUCUGGUGUGCGAACAAUUAUUAAAUACCAUAAUAGGGGCUUAGUUCACCGCAUUAUUAAAAAUUUUACUCAUACAAACAUCCCUCCUGAUAAAGAAUGUUUUAUCGAAAAAUUGAAGGGGGAAGAAAAAGGUAUCUCAAUUAUUAAUUUUAAUCGUCCAACUACCAAGAAUGCUUUAUCGAAAAAACUUUUAGAAGAAUUCGAGGAGGUUAUUGAAAAAUUAAGAAAUGAAACUGAAUCACGUGUUGUAGUAUUGAGAAGUCUAGUUGAUUACGCAUUUUGUUCAGGUGCUGAUUUAAAGAACAUUCAACGAGUUUUCCGAGAUCUCGAAACACUUCCAAUUCCAACAAUUGCAGUAAUUGAUGGUGCCGCUUUGGGAGGAGGUCUUGAAUUGGCAUUAUGUUGUGAUAUUAGAGUUUCUGGAAAGAAUGCAAAGAUUGGACUUCCAGAAACGAAACUAGCAAUUAUCCCUGGCGCUGGAGGUACUCAAAGACUUACACGUCUAAUUGGCAUUGCAAAGGCAAAAGAAUUAAUUUUCACUGGUCGAAUAUUGAAUUCACAAAAUGCCUUAGACUCUGGUAUCGUAAAUUAUAUUGCACAAGAAGGAUCAUCAUAUCCCAUUGCACUUAAAUUAGCCAAGGAAAUUCUUCCAAAUGGCCCUAUUGCUCUCGAAAUGGCUAAACUUGCUAUUGAUCGUGGAAUUCAACUUGAUUUGGAUUCGGCAUUAAAAUUUGAAAAUGCUUGUUACGCCCAAAUCAUUCCUACCGAAGAUAGAAUUGAAGGAUUAAAAGCAUUUAAAGAAAAGAGAUCACCAAUAUAUGAAGAUCAGUUUAAUUUUCCAAAAGAGGAGAAAAAAAUCCUCGAAUUCUGGAAGGAAAUAGAUGCAUUCAAUACUCAAGUACGCUUAUCCAAAGGAAGACCACCUUACUCGUUUUAUGAUGGUCCCCCAUUUGCCACGGGACUUCCACAUUAUGGACAUUUAUUAGCUGGCACUAUAAAGGAUAUUAUGACACGUUAUGCAACUCUGACUGGCCUUUAUGUAGAAAGGAGAUUUGGAUGGGAUUGUCACGGGCUUCCUGUCGAGCACGAGAUUGACAAAAAGCUAGAUAUCAAGGGGAAAGAUGACGUUUUAAAAAUAGGUCUUGAUAAAUACAAUCAAGAAUGUAGAAACAUUGUAAUGCGUUACUCUGAUGCCUGGAGAGAAACAGUAGAACGUCUUGGUCGUUGGAUUGAUUUCGAUAAUGAUUAUAAAACAUUAAAUACAACAUUUAUGGAAAGUGUUUGGUGGGUAUUCAAAAAACUCUACGAAAAAGAUCAAGUAUAUCAGGGAGUGAGAAUUAUGCCAUAUUCCACUGCCUGUACUACACCCAUUUCAAAUUUUGAAGCUGCACAAAAUUACAAAGAUGUAAACGAUCCUUCAAUCGUUGUUUCCUUUCCUUUAGUUCACGAACCUGAAGUAUCACUUUUAGCGUGGACCACCACACCGUGGACUUUACCCAGUAAUCUAGCAUUAUGUACUAAUCCUAAUUUUGAGUAUAUAAAGAUUAUUGAUUCAGCAUCUGGGAGAACAUAUAUUCUCUUGGAAAAAUGUUUAAAUGCUUUAUAUAAAAAUCCCCAAAAGGCUAAAUAUGUUAUAAAAGAAAAAUUUUUGGGGAAAGGAUUUGUUGUUGUUAAUGACACAUAUGUAACUGAUGAGAACGGUACUGGAAUUGUCCAUCAAGCUCCAGCUUUUGGUGAAGAUGAUUAUCGUGUAUGCAUAGAAAAUAAUAUAAUUACCGAGGAUGGUUAUCUCCCGUGUCCUGUUGAUGAACAAGGUCGGUUCACUCAUGAAGUAUCAGAUUUUUCAGGAAUUCACGUAAAAGAAGCUGACAAAAAUAUUCAGAAACUUAUAAAGCAAAAAAAUCGAUUAAUCGUUCAAUCACAAUUGAUGCACAGUUAUCCUUUUUGUUGGCGUUCAGAUACUCCUUUAAUUUACAAGGCUGUUCCUUCUUGGUUUGUUAGAGUGAAACCAAUCAUUGAAAAAUUAUUAAAGAACAAUUCAGAAAGUUACUGGGUUCCCGAUUUUGUAAAAGAAAAACGAUUUGCUAACUGGAUAAUCAACGCUCGCGACUGGAAUAUUUCACGUAAUAGAUAUUGGGGUACGCCUAUACCUCUUUGGGUUAGUGAGGAUUAUGAAGAGAUUGUUUGCAUAGGUUCAUUGAAAGAAUUACAGGAACUAUCCGGUUGUGGUAAAUUAACAGAUAUUCAUCGUGAUAAAAUUGACCACAUCACUAUUCCUUCAAAGAAAGGAAAAGGCACUUUAAGGAGAAUAGAGGAAAUAUUUGAUUGUUGGUUUGAAUCGGGCAGUAUGCCCUACGCUCAAUGCCAUUAUCCUUUUGAAAACAAAGAAAAAUUUGAAGCUUCUUUCCCGGCAGACUUCAUCGCCGAAGGACUUGACCAGACUCGUGGAUGGUUCUAUACAUUAAUGGUCUUGUCAACACACCUUUUUGAUAAGCCAGCAUUUAAGAAUUUAAUCGUCAAUGGCCUUGUAUUGGCUUCGGAUGGUAAAAAAAUGAGCAAACGUUUAAAGAACUAUCCCGAGCCUAUUAAUAUUAUUAAUACAUAUGGUGCCGAUGCCCUAAGAUUAUACCUCAUAAAUUCUCCCGUUGUUCGCGCGGAACCACUGAGAUUUAAAGAAGAAGGUGUUAAGGAAGUUGUAUCAAAAGUGUUUUUACCUUGGUAUAAUGCAUAUCGAUUUUUCGAGUCUCAAGUUAUAUUGCUUAAAAAGGAAACCAAGGUAGAAUUUCAUUAUAAUUCUAAUGCAGAGAAAUCACUCAAUGUUAUGGAUAGAUGGAUCUUGGCAUGUGCCCAAAGUCUUAUAAAAUUCGUACGCGAAGAGAUGAAAUCCUAUCGGCUUUACACUGUUGUUCCAAAACUGUUAAGUCUUAUCGAGCAAUUGACUAAUUGGUAUGUCCGAUUUAACCGUAAGCGUUUGAAAGGUGAAAAUGGUUCGGAAAACGCGAUACAUGCUUUGAAUACGCUUUUUGAAGUUUUAUUUACUCUUUGCCGUGCCAUGGCUUCCUUUACACCCUUUCUUACAGAGUAUAUGUACCAAAAUCUAAAAAAAUACAUCCCCAUAACAAAUUUAUUCCCGACAAUUGGUAAUAAUACUGAUGAUGUUCGUUCCGUUCACUUCUUAUUAUUCCCGGAAGUUAGAGAAGAAUAUUUUGAUUCGGAUAUUGAACGCAGAAUGUCUCGGAUGCAAGCAGUCAUUGAGUUAGGUCGUUACAUUCGUGAGAAGAAAAAUAUAGGGUUGAAGACUCCUUUGAAAGAGCUUGUAGUUAUACACUCUGAUCCGCAAUAUCUUUCUGAUACGCUUUCUCUUCAAAAUUAUAUAACUGAGGAGCUGAAUAUCAAAAAUCUUGUGGUCACGUCUGAAGAAGAUAAAUAUGGUAUUAAAUAUCGAGCUGAAGCUGAUUGGAAAAUUUUGGGACAAAAACUCAGGAAAGACAUUUCUAAGGUCAAACAGGGUCUUCCGAAAUUGACCUCGGAUCAAGUUAGAGAAUUUGUUCAGACAAAAGAAAUUUUUAUUGAUGGAAUUAAAUUGAUUGAUGAGGAUCUUCAAGUGAUUAAAUAUUUUGAGAACGCAGAUAGCCACUAUGAAACAAAUUCCGAUAAAGAAGUUCUUAUACUUUUGGAUGUUAAAAUUUAUCAAGAAUUACAGGAAGAAGGAUGGGCACGUGAAAUCGCGGGAUUACAACCGAUAGAUCCCGUAUUAAUGUAUUAUAAAUUUAUUAAAGAUAAUGACAAUCAAAUUGAAACAGUUAUCAAAACACAGUCGGAUAUUAUUCUUAAGGUUUUGAAACGUUCGUUACUACCACUUUCUGAAAAGGUAGAAUCAGCAGAGGUUAUUAUUGAAGAACAACAAGAGGUUAAUGAAUCCACCUUUAUUCUGUGUUUUGUCAAAGAUUGGUAA